AUGUCCAUCCCCUUUGCCUCACCUCCACGAUGCUGUGAAGAGGUAGGAAACAGAAGAUACUUCUACAGCUUGAAAAUUGAGACUUGUGCGCAAGGGGAAGGAAAUGGUUGUUUGCCCGAUGAGGGAAGCCGCUGGACAGUGAAGAAGGGAGAGCUUUCCUCCCAAGCUGUAAGAACAGCUACCUCUUUCCCAUCUGUUGUCUCUGUAGCUGUGCCUGAGGAGGAUGGCAUGCUUUUGGACGCUUUGCAGGGCCAUGUCUGCCGUGAGGGCAUCAGUAAGCACAUCAAGAGUGUUGUCUUUGCCCUCUUUGCAAGAGCAACCCAGUUGGUCAACUCCAAUCCCAUGUCUUGGUACAUUUUCCUGGACUUUCAAUUCAUAUCCUAUGCCGUGGGCAUUUACAUAGGCGCUGUGUGCUUCUCCCUGCUGUCCAAUAGCUUCCUUGCAAACUUACAUGCCCUGUUACUGCUGAAAAAGCUCCUGCUGUUGUCGCUCAAAACUGUGCUGCUGGCUUACAAGCUCACUCUGUCACUGAACAAGCACUUGCUCGUGUUGACAAAGACCAUCUCGCUCCUGCCAAAUGGUCUUACUGCUGACAAAGAGUUGCUUGUUGUCCACAAGAAAAUUCUUGCUCUUGACAAAGAGCUUCUUGCCAGCAAAGACGCUGUGCUUGCUGUUCAAGAGCGCGCUGUUGCCAAGCAAACUUGCGCUGACAAACAUUGCAUCUGGGGCUGCAUUGCAAGGCGGACAAGUCGAGCGCGCGUGCUUGCUGUCUCUCAGAGGCAUUCUCUCACAAGCAUUCUUCCACAUCGACACAUCGCUCCACACCCAUUGACCAACAAGAUGAAGCUGUUCGUUGCGAUUGCUGCAGCCGCAAAAACAAUCUUCUCCGCGCCCUCCAUCAAUAUGGUCAAUGCUGGCGAGUCCAGGAGCCUCUACGAGCGCCUAGCCAUCGCUGCCAACGAGCUGCCAAGUGCGCUAGAUGGAGAGCCCUCUGCAGAAGAAGUGAACCUUGCCCUAGCAGUCAUGCAUGCUGCUGUUGCCAUCUUGGACAACGCCCUUUUGCGCAAGCUCACGUGCGCACCGCACCUGACCAAGUUUGUGGAGAUUCACGACAGGGCAACAAUCAAUAUGGUCAAUGCCCGCGAGUCCAGAACCCUGUACGAACGCCUAGCUGUCGCUGCCAACGAGCUGUCAAGCGCGCUAGAUGGAGAGCCCUCCGCAGAAGAAGUGAACUUUGCCCUAGCAGUCAUGCGUGCUAUGGUUGCGAUCUUGGACGACGCUCUUUUGCGCAAGCUCACGUGCGCACCGCGCCUGAUCAAGAUUCUGCAGAUUCACCACAGGGCAACGGACUUCGCUCAGACGCACGUGUCUGAGGAGGCAUGGCAGCUGCUCUACGAUGAGCUUGCGGAAGAGAUGCGCGAUAUGAUAGGCAAGUUCGGUGCAGAGAGUAACCUGGCCUUCUCCAGAUACAUCCAGAUCCAACAACUGCUUCUCGAGCUUUGGGAAUCACGCUCGAGCUUGGAAACAGUUUGGCUCGCUCACAGCUGGUUCAGCCCUUCCGUAUGGCAUUGGGCGCAACCUCAGCCGCUCCCAUACAAGCGCGCUCUUUUCCUGCGCCCGGCUGAGAUCGCUGAGGAAGAUGCCUUGAAUGGCACCAUUGAUAGGCAAGUUUGCUGGUUCAGCCCUUCCGUAUGGCAUUGGGCGCAACCUCAGCCGCUCCCGUACGAGCGCGCUCUUUUCCUGCGCCCGGCUGAGAUCGCUGAGGAAGAUGCCUUGAAUGGCACCAUUGGCGUUGAGAACAGCUUCGUGGCUCACCUUGCUCGUCAGGAGGCAUCAAUCCGCGGCGACUCAAGCCCGAAGGUGCUCGACUUUCUCUGGCCCACACCGGUCAAUACCUCCAGCGCCUUCCUCGCUCCGGCCGGCAACAAGCGCAAAGCUCAAGAACCACCCGCAGACUCUUCUUCGCGCGUUACUCGGUCUCAUUUGCACACGCUUGGUACGGUCACGCUCCAUCUGCCAGCCUCCGCAGUCACCUCGGCUACGGAAGUCAACGCUCAGCAGAUAACGACGCACUUCGACCUACCAGCGUUCGCAAUCACGUCGGCUGCUGGAUCGGUGGUCGGAUUACCACAGAUCAUGAUGCAGCUUCCGGACCCCUCGUGCUUCCCUCCGGGCUUGAAGAUGUUUUUGCCGGAGCUACACGUCCACUUGCCCGUCACGUUCACCAAGCGCCCUCCUUCAGUCUGGCUACGCCACAACAGCGGCCUCAUUGUACCUGGCAAGUAG